UAACCAACGGGAAUUCAAAUCCACUCCUUCAAAGACAAUUUAGUGACCGGGUAGAUUUCCCAUGAAUGCGAUGUCAUCUGCCGGAAGGUCUCGUGUGGCAGAGAAUGAAGGUUGAGUGUAUAACAGAGAAAGGCAUUUGACAGCUUGCCAGGGGGGGAAACUAGACCCGCUAGAUAUUCAAAAGCGAAUCGUCAACUGAAGCUAGUCGGCUCAAGGAUCACUCACGGUCCGUCUCCCAAAUCGCGCACAAAUGUAGACUGGAAAGAAAGCAUUUGUAAUUUAAAAACAUCACACUUGAAGACACAUUUAUACCAAAUAUCUGUUUUUUUUGCUAAAUUAACCCCUUGCUGGAUCUACAUCGUGAAUGUGGCAAUGAAUUCGGCGGAACAGACGGUAACAUGGCUCAUAACGCUUGGGGUCCUGGAAUCGCCGAAAAAGACCAUCUCGGAUCCAGAAGGAUUUCUGCAAUCAUCUCUCAAAGAUGGAGUGGUCCUAUGUAAGCUGUUGGAACGACUGCGCCCUGGAUGUAUCGAUAAAAUUUACCAGGAACCGAGGAACGACACCGAGUGCUUGGCUAACAUCAGGGAGUUUCUCAAAGGCUGCGGAAUCUUUCGCAUAGAGACUUUUGAGGCCAAUGACCUUUUCCAGGGUCAGAACUUCAGCAAGGUGCUGAAUUCCCUGGUGGCGCUGAGCAACGUGACGGCAGAUAUCGGCGUGGGCAGUGACUCUGUAUGUGCGCAUCACUCCUCUUCCCAUCGGAUCAAGUCCUUCGAUUCGCUGGGCUCCCAGUCCUCCAUCGGCAGAUCCUCUAAACUCCUGCAGAACCAGUAUCGCAGCCUGGACAUGUCUGAGAACAGCAACCACCAGAUGGUGGUGAAGGCCCGCUUCAACUUCCAGCAGACCAAUGAGGAUGAGCUGUCCUUUAACAAGGGCGACAUCAUCCAUGUUACCCGUACGGAGGAUGGCGGCUGGUGGGAGGGCAGCUUCAACGGCAAGACCGGCUGGUUCCCCAGCAACUACGUUCGAGAGGUCAAAGGCAGUGACAAGCCGGUCUCUCCCAAAUCUGGAACGCUGAAGAGCCCGCCAAAAGGCUUCGACACCUCGGCCAUCAGCAAGACCUACUACACCUUGGUACUGCAGAACAUCUUAGAAACGGAGACGGAGUAUUCCAAGGAGCUCCAGAACCUUCUGUCCAACUACCUGCGAUCACUUCAGAGCACGGAAAAGCUGAGCAUGUCGGACAUCGCCCACCUCUUGGGGAACCUAGAGGAGAUCAGCACCUUCCAGCAAAUGCUGGUCCAGUCCCUGGAAGAGUGCACCAAGCUCCCGGAGGCCCAGCAGAGGGUGGGGGGGUUCUUCCUCAGCCUCAUGCCCCAGAUGAAGGGGCUGUACGUGGCCUACUGCGCCAACCACCCCUCCGCGGUCAGCAUCCUCACCGAGCACAGUGAAGAACUGGGAGAGUUCAUGGAGGGGAAGGGGGCCAGCUCCCCCGGGAUCUUGACCCUGACCACAGGCCUCAGCAAGCCCUUCAUGAGGCUGGAUAAGUACCCCACCCUGCUGAAGGAGCUGGAGCGGCACAUGGAGGAGUAUCACCCUGACCGUCCAGACAUUCAGAAGUGCAUGACAUCAUUCAAAAACCUUUCCGCACGGUGCCAAGAGGUUCGGAAGCGAAAAGAGUUGGAGCUGCAGAUCCUGACGGAAUCGAUUCGUUGCUGGGAGGGUGAUGACAUCAAGAGCUUGGGCUCCGUCCUGUACAUGUCCCAGGUCCUGGUACACAACCAUGGCAACGAGGAGAAGAGUGAACGCUACCUGCUGCUCUUCCCACACGUGCUGCUCAUGCUUUCCACCAGUCCUAGGAUGAGCGGCUUCGUUUACCAGGGUAAGCUACCACUGACGGGAAUGACUAUCUCCAAGCUAGAAGACACAGAAUCCUACAAAAAUGCUUUUGAAAUAUCGGGGCCCAUGAUUGAGCGCAUUCAGGUGGCCUGUCAUAACCAGCAGGACCUGCAGGACUGGGUGGAUCACCUGCACCGCCAGACCAAGCGCACCUCGCUGGCCACGUCCGCCGCGAAGCCGCAGUCCGUCCCCUGCCAUACGCUCCCCUCACACCCCCUUACCCCAUCCAGACAUUCGGAGAGCCGGGGUACAGCAGUGGCCCCUGCCUACCACACCCUCCCCCACCUCUCAUCCCAUGGGACCCCCCACAGCACUAUGAUGUGGGGGCCCCUUGAGCCCCCCAAGACCCAGAAGCCAUGGAGCUUGAGCUGCCUGCGACCUGCUCCACCCCUGAAGCCUUCAGCCGCACUCUGCUUCAAAGAGGACCUCAGCAAAAGCCCCAAAAGCAUGAAAAAGCUUCUCCCGAAACGCAAGCCAGAGAGGAAGCCCUCAGAGGAGGAGUUUGCGCUGAGGAAAAGCACGGCCGCGCUGGAGGAGGACGCCCAGAUCCUGAAGGUUAUUGAGGCCUACUGCACCAGCGCCAAAACUCGGCAGACGCUCAACUCCACAUGGCAGGGUACAGAUCUUAUGCAUAAUCACGUGCUGGCCGAUGAUGACCUGUCCAGCAUGGACUCUCCGGUGCGUCGCAACAGUAUCUCCCGUCCAGAGCCGACCUCUGACCUCUCAGAAGACUCAGACUAUGACAUCAUAUGGACAGCCCAUAGUAACAGGAUGGUUUCCUCAUCUCGAUCUUGGAAGGAAUCGGGGCCUCACAUGCUAUUUCCCGAAGAGGAGAAGAUUAUCGUGGAAGGGACCAACAGCAACGGUCAGACCGUGAUCGAAGAGAAGAGCCUCGUGGACACGGUUUACGCGCUGAAGGAUGAAGUACAGGAACUGAGACAGGACAAUAAGAAGAUGAAGAGGACGUUGGAGGAGGAGCAGAGGGCUCGGAAGGAGCUGGAGAAGAUGGUCAGGAGGGUGCUGAAGACCAUGAACGACCCUUCUUGGGACCAAACCAAUUUGUGAAUAGUUGUGUCCACCGCGUUUUGUGUCCGCUCGCCUUUUUGUUCACUCGUCUUAAUCAUUCUUCAUCGUCUUAUCGUGUGACAGCGGAGGGAGGUUUCUGCACACGGGAAUGCCCUCGAGUCCCUCUGAGACACGAUCCUGUCUCAGACUCAGAAACGGGGGCUCCCUAAUGUGCAGCUCCGCUCCGUUGCUGUGACGCUCAGCAUUUUAAAUAACUGGAAACGGGGAUCUGCCAUUACAGUCCUGGAGGGCCUCUCUGUCUGCCAGUUCUCAGUGCGAAUCAACACAUCUUCAUUUGAAGUCAUUGACUGGCUGGUUGUUUCCGAGGCCUAAUUGGCUUCAGAAUGAAAGGACAACACAGAAUCCUGCAGGCACUGCAGCCCUCCAGGACUGCAGUCUGAGACCCCAGUCUGGAAGCAUGGAGGUGGUCUGACAAAAUGGAGACUGAGGGAGGGAGGGAGGGAGGGAAGGAAGGAAGGUUGAGAGCUCGCAGAAGUGAAGCUGAGAGCAUCUACUGUGACCAACUGCACUAACUGACAGUAACAGGACCAAAUCAACUCACAGAGGGUGUCUGGGGUCAAGAAAGCCCUGAGAACAUUCUGGAACCCCCCAAGCCUUUCCCUAAUGCUGCUUGCUAUCAGCCAUCUUUUUCUUCUAUUUUUUCUUUUCAUUUUCAAACUAUUGCGUUAUAUCCCACACGCCACCCCUAAUAAACAAGUACAGCUAUCAUUCACAGCUGAGAUUGGAAUUUUCCUGAUCAGGAAAUGAUGAUUUUCAGACCUAAAAUGGCUCAAACAGAGGCAGGGGACUUGGGUAUGCCAUAAGCGCCCACAGCAAGAGCUUUUGUAUUCGUGGACAGAUGAUAUCAGAGAAUAUUCAGCAAUAAAACCAAACGCUACUGGCACUAUAUUUUUAGGGCUGAAAAGGAGUAUUUCCUCAUUAAUCGGCGUUGAGUGAGUGUGCUGCUGUUGCCAGGGUGUGGGAGAGACUGCGUAAUGUCACUGACUUUGUCUGGUGAGAGCCUGUGUGUGCCGAUAUUUUCUGGUGCUCUGCUCAGAGAUCAUCUCUUAACCCAACACGUAACCAACAGAAACUGCUAACAGCUCAUGAAAGCUCACCACAGCAAUACUACUCCAAUUUGACUGGAAACGUUUCAGGUGAAUUCUGUGCUGGUUGUCUUAAGAACCAGUUUUGUAGACACUUCUGGGUUUUAAUUACCUCAUUUUUUUUUUGUAUGUUUUUGUAUUAUAAUUUUUUUUUUUUUUUUUUGUGCGGCUGGGAAUUUGCUAUAGACCUUUUGUCUGUGUUGACUUUUUAUGUUUUAAUGUUUCAUACAAGAUUCCUACAGAGGUUGACCUUUAUAUUGUAAAUACUACUGGGAACUGUGCCUUUUGAAAUGGGUUCAAAUAUUUGGCAGUCUCAUAAGCUCAAAGGCUUUUGUAAGAAACAGUCAAAUUCCCGUCCUUUUAACAAAUAUACUGAAUUAGUCACUUAUUAUUUGAACCUUUAAUCUUUUUUGUAAGUUAUGUAUGUAAAUGAAAUUGUCUAAUGAAAAGAACUGGUAUGCACUGAGUGGAUUUUGUUUUUGUUGUUGUUGAAUCUGGUGAGAAUGUCACCAGAAAGUACUUUGUGACCAAUGUAUUUUUAACCUAACACUGACUUAAUGUGCAUUGUUUAUGUGAAUUAAACCUGUAAAUAGAG